AGCCUUCCUUUGUUAAAAACGUCAAACAUUUGGCAAACUUUACAACUCUAGUUUUGUGAUAACUUUCUACGACAACGACUUGUCAUCCUGAAAUUGUGCUAAAAAAGAAAUCCAACGAAAUUAUUAUUUCUGUAUUUUAUUUUCACUAACAAAGAUGAGUCAAUUAGUGGCCAAGGUUCAGGCUCUGGCCAAUAAAAUGGUGGUGGCUGCUCGUCCCCAGUUGGCCGAGUUCUGGCGCUAUGCCAAAGUGGAGCUAUCUCCACCGCUGCCUGCCGACUUCCAAAAGCUGAAGAAGACCGCCGGGGAAACCGCCUCUGCAAAGGAUGUAAAGGCUCGGCUGGGCAAGUUUAGUAUUGGCCAGGUGACCGUCAGCGAGGCUUGGCUUAAUAUUCUGGUCACCGUGGAGGUGAUUACCUGGUUCUACAUGGGCGAGGUCAUUGGACGUCGUCAUUUUGUGGGCUACAAGGUCUAGGAGAAGAGAAGAAAGGAGUUCCUGGUCUUUUUGUGUUAAAUGUAAAUGCUUUGUUUUGCAUAAAUAUGUUUUUUGUGACCAGGUCAUCUCUGAAAUAAAUGCAUUAAAUGAA